AUGGCAACGCCUCUCUCCUCCGCUCCGCCUCCCUUCGCCCCAGUCCACCUGGAUCCCACCAAGGAUUCCGGCAAGGACACAGAAGGCACCUCAGCUCACCCGGAGAAAACCUCCGAGGCGGAACAAGCAGAGAAGAAGGCGGAAGAGAUCGCUGCCAAGAAAUCCAAAGCCCGCCAGCGGGAUUCGGAAUCCGAAGGGAAAUGGUGGCCCUACACCACCACAGAGACUGAGCUAAAGAACUUGGAGGGGGAAGGCUUCCUGCAACCCGGAAGCUGGAGGACAGUGCCGAAUGCCUUAGCUCCAGCCCCCCAAGACAACGAGAUGCCCCCAAAAGCUCCAAGAAUCCUGAAGAAGAAGGUCAAGCCGUCUCAGGCUUCAGUCCCUGUUACACCUGAAGUGGAGGUCCCGCCCAAGGCCUCAUCUUCCUCCAAGCCGGAUCCUAAGGACGUCAUCAACCUUGAUGACCUUCCUGAAGACCCCAUCGGCCACAGCAAUUCCGGCAAGGGCGCCUCCUCGUCUGCCCCUCCGCCUGAUCAACCAAGCGCCACCCUCGCGGGGCCUACGGAGGAAGAGUAUGAGCAGAAAGUGCAGCUCAUCCACACCUCCAGCACGCUUCAGGCUAACCCUCAACCAGCUCCGUCUCUGCAAAAAUGUUCCCUUGCAGAACGCCACGCGGAAGUUUCCGCCAUGCUGGACAAGGUGUGGGGGAAGCCCAACGUGGAGAUGCAGGAGCUCACGGAACUGGAGGACGGUCUGAAGGUGUUUUUUGCCAAACACAAGGAAGUGCGCCAGACCACGCGGAAAUUGCACGAGGAUCUGCGCAUCCACGUGCUGGAGCAGAUAACGGAGAUUGAGGCGCUGCGACAGAACGUGGAGAAUAGCCAGAAGGCUAUCCAGCUUUUGGAGACCCGCCUUCAAGAAGAGACUGCCAAGCACUCCGCAUUCGACGAUCUGUCCGCUAAAGUUAAGGUGCUCGAAGCGGAGAACGAAUCCCUCAAGGCCUUCAUCAAAGAAUCCUCCGGCAAGGAGAAUGAGGCGAGGAAGGAGCUUUCCGAGAAGCAUGCCCGCGACAUGGCGGAACUGAAUGAUAAAUUGAAGAAGAGCCAAAGUCGGGUGACUUCCUUAGUGGCCAAAAACAAAGUUCAAGAAGUAGAGGCGGAGGCCAUUGACAAGCUCAUCUUCCGGUAUGAGCUUGUUUUAUUUGCGGAGGAAAUGGCAGUGUCGCUAAUCAUGAUGGACCAGAGCUUAGUGGCGUUGAUUAUUCUUGGUCUGUCUGGAAGUACCAUUACUGCCAUAUGA